AUGGCAUUGGAACAAGCUAUCCAAGUCUCACAACCAGUGCUCUACCUUGCUCUGUCCGGGAUUGCAUUCGCCAUCUCUUUGCAUGCACCAAAGCAGGGACAACGCCUAGCACUACUGCCGUUGAUUCUAAUCCCCGCUUUCCUCUCCUUGUCUGCGGCACUCCAUGUGCCAUUUGCCCCUGGUGUCUCACUUGUCUGGGCUCAAGCAUUAACAGGAUAUAUCCUGCACACCAUAUCAACCUUACAUCUCGAGGGGAUAUCACCACCUUGCUCGGGUUCGGCAACGCCUGGAUCGAGCACAUUCUUCAACUUUGACUUCGGUUACUUCCGCCGAAUUUGGCUGAAUCCACGUUUGAUACGUACGCAUCCAAACCAGGCCUCACAGGAGCGGCCGAAGCAGUCUCGUGGGGUAUUCCUUGUCUUACAACUCUCCAAGCUGCUCACAUACUACAUCAUCCAAACAAAAAUCUCCCCUGCGUUAUAUGACGAAGUUGUCAUUGACAUCCUACCCGAUGAUGUUGCUCCAUAUCAACAAUCUCUCUUGCGACCCUUGAAUGGGUUCACGGCGCGAGAGUGCUUGAACGUGACAUUCGUCACCUUCUCAUCUUUCUGGACGACGUUCGUAUAUCUCGAUGGGACGAAUGCCCUGAUGGGCGCACUUUUUGUCAUGAUCGGCCUGGAUGAUCCAGAGGACUGGCCACCACUUUUUGGACACCUCUCCCAGGCAGUCGGGCUGCGAAAUUUCUGGUCAAGGUUCUGGCACACGCUCCCCAUGAAGCCUUACAGAAGCAUUGGGGAAUACGUCAGUCUUCGGAUAGUUAGGCGCUCGCCUCGGUCGUUCGCCCACAAGUCGAUCAUUGCCUUGGUUGCAUUUGGGCUUUCGGGCGCCGCCCACGCUUUGAUAGACUGGCAACGUGGUAGCCCUGACUGGCAUUUGAAUAUUUAUUGGUUUCAGCUCAACUUUAUCGGUUGCAUGGGCGAGUCCCUCUUUGUCAAGAUGCUUCGCCAGUUAGCACGGAGAGCUGGUCGAGAGCAUGAUCUUCGGACAAUGGAGGAAAGCUGGCUUGGCAGUCUUGUUGGGUACGUCUGGGUUUGCGUCUUCUUCUGCUGGACAGUGCCAAUGUGGCGUUUUCCCGAAAUUCACCGGCAAUCUUUGGCGUUUCAAAGUAUGAGGCAGCUCCUGUCGAACAUGCAAAUAGUUCAACAUUAG